GCUGCCCCUGAACGCUCCCCUGCAGACUGCUGUCAGAGUGAACUCCAUUCAUACAUACGGUCAAUACAGUUCAAACUACUGUAAGACAUGGGCGAUGAUUUGGGAGACGAGUGGUGGAGCCAUGAGGGAAACUCCGGUGAUUCUGGAUCAGAAGCAAAUGAAGAAAUUGAGCAGCCCAUAGACAAAAACCCUACAACAGCAACAAAAAAAGUAGAGAAAAGGAAAAGGGUGAUGGAAAAAGAUACAAAGCCAAAAAAGAAGAAAAAGAGUGAGCAGAAGGCACCCACAUUGUCUGAAAAGAAUGAUCCUGACAGUGAAAAGUCAACCAAACCCAAAAAGAAGAGGAAGAAGAAGAAGAAAACUAUAACCGAUGUAUUGGCUGCAGCUGAGCCCAAACCUGGCUGCCCUGCUGAUCUGCAGAAUGUGGUGACAAAGUAUUUCACAGACAAAUUAUCUGUCAUUGAGCAGGAGGAGUUACAGCUAAAGGACUCCAGCUUUCUGACCUGUAACGACCUGACCCACAGCCUUUCAUCUUAUCUCAAACAAAUCUGCCCCAAAUGGGCAAAAAUUCAGAAACAACACACACAGAAGGGUUCUGCAGUGAUACUAAUUGUCUGCAGCUCGGCUCUAAGAACCAUUGAGCUCAUCAAGCAACUGACAACAUUCAAGGGAGAAGCUAAAGUACUCAAGCUUUUUGCAAAGCACAUUAAGAUUGAGGAACAAGUAAAGCUGCUGCAGAAAGGAGUCACACACAUUGGAGUGGGGACACCGGGAAGAAUAUCUGCUCUUAUUGAGAAAGAAGGGUUGAAUUUGCAAGCCUUGCGUUAUGUAGUUCUUGACUGGAACUGGAGGGAUCAGAAGCUUAGGAGGAUGGUGGACAUCCCUGAGAUCAAACUGGACUUCAUGAAUUUACUAGAGAAGAUUAUUAGAAAUUGUAAAGACUUCAAAAUAGGACUGUUUUAAGUGUUUUAGUUUUUUAUCUUUUGCCAAACAAAUUAUAAACUUUUUUUUUAUAAUAAUACGCAUGCUCUGGGAAAAAAUAAACUGGCUGCAAGAGAAA